CUUCUCCCCUACCCGUCUCUUUGUCAAGGCAAGGAUCAGGAAGGUAAUACAAAACCUAACUUUUUGUUUGCACAACCGCGCGUCUCUCACGGUUGCCGCCGCGGUCGCCUUGCGCCGCCGCGGCCACCUCGCACGUCCGCCGCUGCGGCCACCUCGCACGUCCGCCGCUGCGGCAGCCUCGAGCAUCCGCCACCGUCGCUCUGUUCCGCCUCGCUCCGUCCUCAGCUGUUGCCGUGCACCAAGGGAGGACUGAGUAGGCGUGACCAACGGGAACAGUUGCAGGAAGAAGAACCGUCAAGGGAAAUAGAAGGGAGGAGAGAGGCGUAGAUGGGCCAAGGUACGGAACCGAGGGAUAGAAGCGCGGAGCAUGUUGAGAAAUCAGAGAGGAGGGAGUCUGUCGAGUGUAUGGAGCAGAUUUUGGAUCCUCAGGUUGAUGUCGCCGAAUUCGAUUACUCGGUUGAGAAUUUCUUCGCAGCAAUGGACAAAAUUGGCGAUCUAUGUGGAACGUCUGCAAAGGAGAACUUUGACUCCAGAGAGAUCGAGCGCUUCUCUCCCAUGGUUACCUUCCUCAAAGAGUGGAAGUAUUUCUACUACGAUCCAAAAAUCAUCAAUUUUACAAGUGAACAAGUUAAAGAUUUACCUAAAGAUAUAAGAUUGCCUCAAUUUUCAGCUGCUUCCGUUCCAAAGAUGACAAGAUUACCUGAGGAGACUAAGCAGUCUGACAGCAAUGACUUCAUUUUGCAUGCUGGUGGACUUGUUUGGGCUCUUGACUGGUGUCCCCGUAAUCAGGAACAACAAGGACAGGAGGACUGCAAAAUUAAAUGUGAGUAUCUUGCUGUUGCUGCUCACCCUUCUACUUCUGCCUAUCACAAGAUAGGUGCUCCUUUGCUUGGUAGAGGUGUGAUUCAAAUUUGGUGUCUCUUCAAUUGUGAUGAAGAUAUUGAGAUCCCCUUAAUGAGAACCCAAGGUCGGGGAAGACCAAGAAAGGAACCUGUCAAGCCAAAGUCAGGCACAGGCAAACCUCGAGGAAGACCUCGAAAGAAACCUGUUGAAGAAAAGCCAACCGCUCCGAGACCCCGGGGGAGACCUAGGAAAAGACCGGUUUCUUCAAGUGAUGAAGAAUAUACUUUCACAGGAUCCAAGAAGUUGCUAGGUACACUUGAUCAGAAUGGUUUGAAGGACUUAUCUCUACUAAAUCCUUUAGUGAGUCCAGAAAGAAGUUUAGCAGAAACUUCAAUUAGUGAGACUGUAACAUCUACUAGAAAGUCCAGAAGGGUACCUAAGAAAAACACUCUGGUCACAGUUGAUCUAGAUAGCGAGGAAGAACCAUCUAGUAUCUCGAAUGGGAAUGGGGGCACAUCUGAUUUGGUUGGGUAUUCAUGUGUUGAUUCUAGAUGCACUUCUUCAACAAUGAACUUGUCUUUUUCAUCUUCUAUAAAGUGCACAGAACAACUUAUGCAACCAAGGAGGAGAGGAAGGCCCAGAAAGAAACCAAUGCUAAGUGCAUCUGUUUCUGCAGCAUCAUGUCUUGCAUUAAGUACUGGUGACACUGUACAGUGUUCUUCAAAGGAACCUAGCGCUGUAGAUGGGAAGGAAUUAUCUGCAUCCUGCAACAAUGUUAUUAUGACACAGGAUAAUGCACUGUCGUUGACUGGGCCACAAGUCAAUUCAUUAUCUUUGCAUGAUUCUGUUCCUGAAAAAUAUAACGUGACAGAUACUCAAGCAAAGCAUCGGGGAAGACCUAGGAAGAAACUUGCUUUUAGUGUGCCAGAGCCUAGGGGAACAUCUGGGGAUAAACAUGCCCAUAAUGACAAUUUUGCUUCACCGUCUGUAGCUCCAUCUGAAACUGAAGUCACUGUACUGCCGUACCUAAGUAGAUUUGAAAGCUCCAUGACAGUAGAGAAUGCCUUAUCUUCCUCUACUGAACCACAUAACAAAUCAGCAGAUGCACAAUGUAAAGGGGAAACUAUCCAAGCAAAGAGUAGAGGAAGGACAAGGAAGAGACCAGUUUUGAAGUUGGAUACAUUUGAUCUGGUAAAGUGUACUGAACUGACAAAAGAUAUAGAUGAGACAUGUAGAACUAUUAAUAAAGAUCAAGAAGAGUUGAAUUCUGUAUCAUUUGGUAUCAAACAAAGCGGAGAAGAUAACAAAAAGAAUGAAGAAAGGUGUGGGUUUGAGAAUCCGGUCUCGUCUGAUUUUUGUAGAGACCAGAAGCUACCAGAUGAUUGUUCGCCGAACCAAGAAAAUCAUUCUGAAAAUUCAAUCCCCCUAGAAAAGACUAUAUCUAAAGAGGAAACAGUUUGCUCUUCUAUUGCACAAGGCCUUACUUUGCCGAGGGUAGUGUUUUGUUUGGCACACAAUGGAAAAGUUGCAUGGGAUGUGAAAUGGAGGCCAACAAAUGGGAAUACCACUAGCAAAGAAUGUAUGGGAUAUCUAGCAGUAUUGCUGGGAAAUGGUUCUCUGGAAGUCAGGUGGGAAAUUCCUCUGCCUGGGAUGGUCAAAACUUUAUUUACUUCUAAAAAUGAGAAAGGUACAGAUCCUCGUUUUUUAAAAUUAACACCUUGGUUCAGAUGCUCAACGGUGAAACGUGGAGAUAAGCAAAGCAUUCCUUUGUCCAUGGAGUGGUCACCAGCUUUCCCUCACGAUCUAAUUUUAGCUGGAUGCCAUGAUGGGACGGUCCUCGUAUGGAAAUUUUCCACACAAUGUUCCACUCAAGAUGCCAGGCCCUUGCUUUGUUUCGUGGCAGAUUCUGCCCCUAUAAGAGCUCUCGCUUGGGCUCCAGAGACAAGUCAUGCAAAGAGUGAGAAUGUGUUUGUGACUGCUGGAAAUGAAGGAUUGAAGUUUUGGGAUUUACGCGACCCAUACCGUCCAUUAUGGGAACUUAAUCCUAUACAAAGAGCAGUACUCAGUCUUGAUUGGGUAAAAGACCCGAGAUGUAUAGUCAUGGGGCUUGAUGAUGGAACUAUGAGGAUCCUCAGCUUGUGCAAUGCAGCAAAUGAUGUUCCUGUUACUGGGCAACCCUUUGCUGGUUCAAAGUAUCAGGGACUUCAUAGCUUCUCAUUCUCACUAUUCGCAAUUUGGAGUGUUCAUGUCUCAGAAUCUACUGGUUUUGUUGCUUACUGCUGUGCAGAUGGUCGUACAAUUCGCUUCCAGCUUACUACUAGGUUUGUGGACAAAGAUCCUAGUCGAGGGCGUACACCACAUUUUCUCUGUGGUUCACUCCUAGAAGAGAAUGGUUCUCUUAAGAUCUACACUCCGUCAUCUGCGCCACUUCAACAGGUUCCAGUUCCACAAAAGAAAUCUUCUAACGGCUUGGGGACUGCAAACAGCGGCGCCCAGUUAGUCUUUGAUAAUGAACAGACAGAACUAGCACUUUCUCAAAUUUCAGGUGAUGGUGCUGUUCUAUCCAUAUGUAGCGCUGCUCAGGCUCCACAGAUAAAGGCCACACAGAAAUCCAGAGACAAUAAAAAGAAAAACGAACCAGGCCAAAUGACAAAUCAGUUGACCAUAGCUAAUAAAGGGCGAGGGCUAUCAGUUAAAAGCAAGACCAAAACUAAAGGAUCCGAAGAAGAGUUUCAAGUAUUCCCUCCAAAAAUUUUGGCCAUUCAUAGAGUGAGGUGGAACAAGAACAAGGGGAGCCAAAGAUGGUUGUGUUAUGGAGGAACUGCUGGAAUCCUCAGAUGCCAACAGAUUCCUUUGGUAUAGCUUAUUUUCACAAACAAGUCAACUUCAGAAGUUUAUUUCUGGUGAGAAACCCUUGUUGCAAGACAUCCGCCUCCCAUUUCAAAGCCUCUUGAUUUGAACCUAUGUGCGACUGUCAUGGAAUCUCCGAUAAUGAGGACUGAAGGGAUAGCCUUCAAAUUCACAGUUUCCUGGAAGAUCAAUUCAGCACGGUUCAAGGAACACCUUGGCACUGCUUUGUGUCAAAAUAAGUGGUGCUGUCUAAUCCUCCUAAGGAGGAGAUUCUUGGUGUUACCUUUUGUCAAAGUUCCUGGACCCUCCUUUAUCGUGGUUUUUCUACAGCUCACUGAUGUUUAUAUCGUAGUCAUAAUUGUAUUGGAAUCUUAGUAAAUUAAUGAAAGUAGAGAGAAAAGCUAGCUAUACUUCCUAGUCGUUGCUAUCACUAUCAUCGUUAAAUAAAGCUUUCAAGCUCUCAAUUGAAAGAAAUA